CCAGGAGCUCGCCGUCUAACGAGGGAGACAACGCGUAACGUACGUGGGCACAGACGCCAGGCAGAGACCCUAAGAGCACGGUGGCGAGGUUCUCUGUUUCUGGUUGUGGAGGUUCGAAAGGCUGACGGGGGAGAGCCGCGCCAGAGACGGGAUGUAUCGCGGGACAUAGAGCUCCGUCUCUAGAGAGGACAGGCGUCCUUAGAGUUACCAGGCUGUUGCCAUGGAGACCGCAGAGCGGAUGGAUGAGUUCACCCAGUGUCUCGCUUACUCCUCCUUCCGCUCCUCCUUUUCCCCUCCCCUCUCCCCCAUACGCUUUUUCCGGUUCUGCCAGCUCCACGCCUCCCCCUUCUCCCCCCCAUCGCCUUUGACACCAUCUUGGGCCGUGCGUCAAAAUGGCGCCCCCUGGGUCUCCCAAGGAGGAGCCUCGUGGAGCUAGUGGUGGUGAGGCUGCGCACUGGCGUCCCCCAGCGUGGAGGGGCGGGGCUCCGCGGCUGCCCCUUCGACGUUCGCCCGCCCUCUCUCCACCUCCCUUCCCUCUGUGGCUCUCUCCCCGCCUUUCUCCCUUCGGGCGAACCCGGAAGUGGAGGUUCCGCGGCGGCAGCGGCUGAGGCGGCGGCGGGUACCUGCCCACAGCCCGGUGCCGAGGGAGGGCGCUGGCGGAGCCGAGCUGGCGAGAACCUCCGGGGGUUAGGGGUGGAGGGGACGGGACUGCGGCCGGGCAGCCCGGCCUGGACGGUGCAGGGGGCGCGAUGGCCACGGCGGACCUGCAGGGGAAGUACCAGAAGCUGGCUCAGGAGUACUCGAAGAUGAGGAAACUGAGGUCCCACGAGGUUAAAUGAUUUGCCCAAGGCUGCACAGUUGACGAUCUUAUCCCCUGAAGUGAUAAGUUAAGGAUAGACUAUCUUCAUCAGUGGCUAAGACUGGAAGACAAGCUUCGAGCACAGAACCAGGUCCUAAAAAAGGGUGUUGUGGAUGAACAAGCAAAUUCUGCUGCUUUAAAGGAACAACUAAAAAUGAAGGAUCAGUCAUUGAGAAAACUACAGCAAGAAAUGGAUAGUUUGACAUUUCGCAAUCUGCAGCUUGCCAAGAGGGUUGAACUACUUCAGGAUGAACUUGCUUUGAGUGAACUCCGAGGCAAGAAAAAUAAGAAAAGUGGAGAAUCUUCCUCUCAGUUGAGUCAAGAGCAGAAAAGUGUCUUUGAUGAAGACCUUCAAAAGAAGAUAGAAGAGAAUGAACGAUUGCAUAUACAAUUUUUUGAGGCUGAUGAACAACAUAAACACAUGGAGGCAGAACUGAGAAGUAGACUGGAGACAUUGGAGACAGAAGCAGCACAGCAUCAAGCAGUUGUAGAUGGUUUAACAAGAAAGUACAUGGAAACCAUAGAAAAACUGCAAAAUGACAAGGCCAAAUUAGAAGUAAAAUCACAAACACUAGAAAAGGAGGCCAAGGAUUGUCGACUUCGAACAGAAGAAUGUCAACUUCAGUUAAAUAACCUUCAUGAGGAUUUGUCAAGUAGAUUAGAGGAAUCCUUGUCUAUCAUCAAUGAAAAAGUCCCUUUUAAUGACACAAGAUUUAGUCAGUAUAAUGCUCUGAAUGUUCCACUACACAAUAGGAGACAUCAGCUGAAGAUGCGGGAUAUUGCUGGGCAGGCCUUGGCUUUUAUUCAGGAUCUUGUGACAGCUCUUCUGAACUUUCAUACCUACACAGAACAGAGAGUCCAAAUUUUUCCCAUUGAUUCUGCCAUUGAUACUAUAUCGCCAUUAAAUCAGAAGUUUUCACAAUACCUUCAUGAAAAUGCAUCCUAUGUUCGCCCUCUUGAGGAAGGAAUGCUUCACUUAUUUGAGAGUAUUACUGAAGAUACUGUGACAGUCUUGGAAACAACUGUGCAAUUGAAAACUUUUUCAGAACAUUUAACCUGCUAUGUAUCUUUUCUUAGGAAGAUUCUUCCUUAUCAGUUAAAAAGUUUGGAGGAAGAAUGUGAAUCUUCUGUUUGCACAUCUGCAUUAAGAGCCAGAAAUCUAGAAUUAUACAGUGAUGUGAAAAAGAUGACUGCUGUGUUUGAGAAGCUCCAGACUUAUAUUGCUCUUCUUGCAUUGCCAAGUACAAAACCAGAUGGACUACUUCGGGCAAACUAUAAUUCAGUUUUAACACAUAUUGCUAUAGUUCUUCAAGAAUUUCAUGAUGUCAUGAAAGAUAUUUCCAAGCACUAUAGUCAGAAAGCUACUAUAGAACAUGAACUUCCAACAGCUACUCAGAAGCUCAUAACAACUAAUGACUGCAUUCUGUCUUCAGUAGUGGCAUUAACAAAUGGAGCAGGAAAGAUCGCAUCUUUCUUCAGCAGCAAUGUCGACUACUUCAUUGCUUCACUGAGCUAUGGGCCUAAGGAGGCCAGUGGAUUCAUCAGUCCUCUCUCAGCAGAAUGUAUGCUGCAGUACAAGCAAAAAGCUGCUGCUUAUAUGAAGUCUUUGAAGAAGCCCCGUUUGGAGUCGGUGCCUUAUGAAGAAGCUCUGGCCAAUCGUCGUAUCCUUUUGAGUUCCACGGAAAGUAGAGAAGGUCUUGCACAACAGGUCCAGCAGAGUUUAGAGAAGAUUGCCAAACUGGAGCAGGAGAAGGAACAUUGGAUGCUGGAAGCCCAGCUAGCCAAAAUCAAGUUAGAAAAGGAAAACCAGAGAAUGGCAGAUAAGGUGAAAAAUGCCAGUGGAGCCCAGCUGGUUCAGAAUACCCAGGAAAAUCCUGUUAUGGUGAAUGCCGCUGUACAAGAUCAGGAAGAACCAUCUGACAGGACUUGGCAAGAACCUGUUCAGAGUACCAGUCUGGUUGGAAUGUUGGUGAAGACAUCAGACAGUGAGGUUCCAGAUGUUGAAUCCCGUGAGGAUUUAAUAAAAAAUCAUUAUAUGGCAAGGAUAGUGGAGCUUACAUCUCAGCUUCAGUUGGCUGAUAGCAAAUCGGUGCAUUUUCAUGCUGAGUGCCGAGCACUCUCCAAAAGAUUAUCUUUAGCAGAAAAGUCUAAAGAAUCAUUGAAUGAAGAAAUGAAAUUAGCUAGUCAGAACAUUAGCAGACUGCAGGAUGAGUUGACCACUACUAAGAGGAGCUAUGAGGACCAACUCAGUAUGAUGAGUGACCAUCUUUGCAGUAUGAAUGAAACCUUAUCUAAACAGAGGGAAGAAAUUGAUACCCUAAAGAUGUCUAGUAAGGGCAAUUCUAAAAAGAACAAAAGUCGAUAGUUUACAAAUAGUUGGGUCAGUCAAGGGACUGUCCUUUCUGAUGCUGCUGCUGCCCAGAACUGCAGGUGCUGAAAAUCCUUGUCCAUUUCUGGAGUCAGCCUUUUCAAAAAACUGAAGUAUUAUUGGACCUAGUUACAAGUCAAUGCUGUAUAUGGCUAUGAAAAAAUUAGAAUGUAUUUGUAACCAGUAAGGUAAAUAUAGAAUUUGAUGUCAACAAUAAAAUACAAAACAAUAUACAAUACCAUGAAUCUUGUAGAAAUUUCCUUAAGCUGUUUUUACUGUGCACUUUUUAAGAUUAGGCUUUAAUUUCAGUAUGUAAGAACAAAGAAGAUUUUGUAUAUUUUCAAACUCAAUUAUUUGGCAACAGAUUUGGUAUCAGUGCAAUAGAUGUAUGUUUCUGGAUAAAAUGUUUAAAUUAGCAACUUUUCACUGUUUCUUGCUACAAUUGAAAACAGUCUCCAGAUUGUUUAUGGAGACCUCUCCAUUAUUUUUUUGACCAUUCAAACUUAGUUCUUGUGGGUUUAUUAUUGUCUCUGUUUCCUGAAUCACUCUCUGUAUUAGGAUGAUUAGCUUAUAGAAGUUGACGUCAAUAAAUUCAUACUUAAAGCAAA